AUGGGUGAUCAUGGUGAUUGGAUUCUCCAAACUACUGGGAAGGGUGAUCUUGAAGAGUUUGGUGCAGGAGAAGCAGGGCAUAUGUGGUUUGAUGAAUAUGGUAGUAAAUUUUUGUUUGAAUCAAAAUUGAAACUUCCGAAAAUUCUUAAAAAUAUGCUGGUGAAGUUAAUGAAAAAAGCAAAUUGGAACAAAAGUCAAACCAAACAGAUGCAAACUAUUGGUAUUAUACAUGCAGGAUUAUUGAUGAUGGUUUUGUAUAUUGAUAACCCUAAUGGAUAUAUUUGCAGAUUGAACCAAAGUGAAAUGAUGGAAAUUUUAGAUAAUGAAGAUCUUUCAUCUGUUUUGUUGGUUUUGGCUGCUGUUCUUAAUUUAAAAUCUUCAGUAGAAGAGACAAUAAAAGCUGCUCAAAAUAAAACAAAGCCAACAUUUGAAAAGGCUGGUAUGCCAAGACAAUCUUUUGAUGCUAGAUAA